AUGACACGGAUGACAUCUCAAGCUUUUGAAGAAGGCAGCAAAAAGGGUUCCUGCUACGAGUUUGUUAGACUCCAGCGCACCUUCACAAGUGCCCAGAGCUGGUGUGAGAGAGGAGGAGGGCACCUUGUCUUUAUUGAAAAUGAGGAAACUCAAGAGUUCUUGCAAGACCAUAUUGCUGAGGAUCAGGAAUGGUGGAUAGGACUGAUCUCAAACUCCUUGCUGAAUGAAACUACUGAUGGGUCAGUGAUAUGGCUGGACACUUCAGAUAUAAGCUACAGUAACUGGUACAAGGAUCAGCCCUCUCUCUUCUCACCUGCAUGUGGGCACAUCCUGAAGAAUGCCAAGUAUCAGUGGGGUGUGACUGAAAACUGCAGCCAGGAAUUUGACUUCAUCUGCGAGUUUGAAUCUGGCCAGAGCAUUGCUUGUAAUAAUUACAACGCCACUGUACAAUGUGGAUCAGGAGAAGUUAUUCAAAUUGGAGAGAGCUUCUACGGACGGAAGACCCCCCACUACUGUGUAUCAGAGACUCCCCUCCAGUAUGACACAAAUGACAACUGUAGCUGGAUCAGUGUCAAAGACGAAGUAGCAGGCCAGUGUCACGGUCUUCAGGCCUGCCAGGUGGCAGCGGAUGGUGAUUUCUUUGGAGAUCCUUGUCCAGCUUCUGGAAGCUAUUUGUCUGUUCAAUACCACUGCAAGGAAGGUCUGCAGCUGGUUGUGACAGAUACAUGUUUUGUCUCUGAAAACAUCACGGUCACUUUGAAGUGGCUGCUCUCUCCGUUCUCUGGCAACCUUUCCUGUAUCAUUAGCACCGGAGAUGGCCACACUGUUGAUCCUUACUACCCUCUAACACUGGUCAGCAGUGUCACAUACAGUUAUUCAUCUCCUGGAGAAUUUACUGUUUUUGUGGAAUGCACCACCAGCGAAUGGCAUGUGAUGGCACAGAAGCGGGUGACUGUUCAUGAUAAGAUGGAUCGACUGAGCAUUACUGGGUGCUACAGCCAGUAUGAAUCUGGGAACAGCUCUCACUGCCGUACGCUCUAUGGGGAGUUGCUGUGGAUUCAAGCCGAACUCAAUGGAGGCAAUAGAGUGACCUACGUGAUAUUAGCAGAUAACAGGACACUCACUGAAUCCAGUGCAAAGGAAGGCAUCGUCCCUCACAAUCUGACACUCGAUAGGGCCUCUCAAGAGCUGCUAGGCCCAGGGAUACACCAGCUGGAAAUCCGAGCAUCCAGCAACACGACCGCAUCGGAGAUCUCUGAGAACAUUGCUGUGAACUUAAUUGAGCCAGUAUCUGGUCUUCAGGCUGCAUUAGCUUCUCACACUCUGCAGCUGGGGGAGGAUUUGGAGAUAAAUGUCUCUGUGUCUCAUGGUGCCCCAGAUAAGCUGAAGUUUGAGGUGACUGGAUCUAAUGAAACUCACUCCCACAAAGACGACGGCCCUCGUGGGGAACCUCGAACGUACCUGGUUCCCAUGCGCUCGGAAGGUACAUUCCUAGUGAAAGUGGUGGCCAUGAAUGCCUUCUCAAACAUGAGCCUGGAUCUCAGGUUCGUCACCGUGUUGGCAAACAGUUCUCACACAGAAAAUUCUGCUAAGGAAGAAGGCAGCUCCAAAACAAAUACUCAAAAGACAAAUAAUCACAAAAGAAAAACCAAAAUAUAUAUUAAACCAAGUCGCCAUGUGGAUCUUUUCACAACUGUUACGCUUGGCUGGCCAGACAACACCAGCAAGUCCAGUUUUCUCUGGUCCUGUGGUUCUUGCUGGCCUGAGUGGAAGGAAUGUGUGCAGCAACAGAGAAUCCUAACCAACCAAACCGAGGUGCAAAUCCCACCUUCCUGCCUUCCUCUUCCAAAGUCAGCAGUGACUGUCAGGGUUACAGUCCGAAACCAUGGCAAUGAAGAGAGGCAGGAUGAGCAAUGUCUCUAUGUGACUGCAAAACAUGAACUGCAACUAGAAAUCAGGUGUGAGGCCAACUGCAAGCCAGUGAACGUUAGUGAGGAGGUUGUUCUGAGAGUCUCUGGACAGAAGGACUCCCAGAUCAUCUAUUACAACUGGUAUUUAGAUAACACAUUCCAAACCAAGCCUGCACCCCUCCCUCCAGCCUGUGGCCUGGCCGGUUUCCGGCAGAGCUCUUUGAGUUUGCUUCAAAGCAACACGUCCGUGUUGAAAAUGAACAGCUCCUUCUUGCAGGCACAGGGAGAAGCUUUUCAGAUUAAAGUAACAGCAGUGACCCAGCGUGGCUAUGGGGAGGACACGUACCUCGUCAGCACGGUGCCUCUGCCCGACAUCCCCAGCUGUGCCGUGUCUCCCGAGCAGGGAUCGGUGCUCACCGCGUUCACAGUCUCCUGCAGCGCUCCUUGCCUGGCGGAUCCAUGCCAAUCCACUCCUCACAGGCAGCUCACAUACUGCUUCUACCUGAAAUCAAAUUCUCUCCUGCACUGUGGCCCAGAUCCUGAACUCUUCCCAGUUUAUCUUCCACUUGGAGAAAAGGAAAAUAAUUUCAUUUUACAUAUGACAAUUACUGUUAGCAACAGCUAUGGCGAUACAGUUCACACUAAUGCUUCAGUGAAGGUCAGACACACGGAUAUGAUCGCUGGGAACCUGACCCUGCAGGAUAUUGUAUCUGAGAAGGCAAACACCAUCCUGAAAGAUGGGAACACCAGCAUGAGCCUUUUCCAGCUGUAUAAGUCAGUGGCAUCUGUCCUUAAUGAGGAGACCCAAGAGGAAAGCUUUAACGUAUCCUUACAGAUGGACACACGAAAAGAGCUCCGAGAGCUGAUGCUGACAACUCUCUCUGCUGUUAACGUAACAUCAGUGCAGACUGCUCUUAAGAUGUCAGAAGUGUUGAAAGAAAUCACCUACAGGAGUGAGGAGCUGUCUGUCUCAGCACAGGUGGAAGCUAGCAACACUCUAAAAGAUGUCAGUGCUUCCUUGCUCACCGUAAACACAGAGGACAGCAGAGAUGGUCAGAAGUUAAAAGAUGCAGCCAACUAUCUAUUCAAUGCAGUGAGCAAUGUUGUAAAGGCUUCUGUAGAAAUCAGAUCUAUGAACAGUUCAGUGCCAGAGGCAGAACAGAUGGUGAGCUUCGCCGUGAAUCCCUUCUUCUCCAGUGACACCAGUUUUGACAUCACAGGAACAGUGGGAGGCCUAAGUCUUACUGGUCUGGAUGGCUUGAUCAUACCAGUCAAUGAUCUCAAAGAAAACAUUGAGAUAAUGUUACCAAGGCUUUCAGCGACUCAGGAAGACAAGAUUCUGCUGAAUCUGGGCAAUUUUAGCACUUUCCAAGUCAAUGUCACCUCAGAAAACAUAUCUAUAGUGAUCCACCUGGAAUCUGAACAUGACAUUCCACUAAUACUCUACUUAGGGUAUGGUUAUCGUCCAAAUGAGACUACCUAUGAUAUGAAAAAUCAUCUGUUCUCAAAGAAAACUCCUGGAGAUGAAACAAACACGUGGGUUCUUAGCCCAGAAGAACUCACGUUUGGAGAGGGAACCUACUAUUUCAUGGUUUUACAAGACAUGGAAAAGGAUUCCACGGUUUAUGACAGGCUGCCUAUAGCUGUCACUUGCUUCGCAUCCAGCUGUGUAUUCUGGGAUGAGCACCAGGGGAACUGGAACAGCUAUGGAUGCCAUGUAGGACCAAAAACAAAUCCUAGAAGCACACAGUGCCUCUGCAACCAUCUGACCUUCUUUGGGAGCUCCUUUUUCGUCAUACCCAAUGCCAUAGAUGUUAGCCAAACUGCACAGCUAUUUGGUACAUUCGUGGACAACCCUGUGGUGGUGACAACUGUAGGAUGUGUCUUUCUGAUAUAUUUGCUUGUAGUUAUUUGGGCCCGAAGGAAAGACAUCCAGGAUGAUGCCAAAGUGAAAAUUACAGUCCUGGAAGACAACGACCCCUUUGCUCAGUAUCGUUAUCUUGUGACAGUUUUUACAGGGCACCGCCGGGGAGCAGCCACAACCGCCAAGGUGACUCUUACCCUCUAUGGACUGGAAGGAGAGAGUGAGCCCCACCACCUAACUGAUCCUGAUACACCAGUCUUUGAACGGGGAGGAGUGGAUGUUUUCCUACUCUGUACCUUCUUCCCUCUUGGGGAACUGCAGAGUAUUAGAUUGUGGCAUGAUAAUUCAGGGGACAGUCCAUCCUGGUAUGUGAAUCGAGUGUUGGUCCAUGACCUGGCAUGGGAUCAGAAAUGGUACUUUCUCUGUAACUCUUGGCUAGCCAUUGAUAUUGGAGAAUGUGUCCUAGAUAAAGUGUUCCCAGUAGCAACAGAACAGGACAUGAAGAAGUUCAGCAACCUCUUUUUCAUGAAGACCUCCAAGGGUUUCCAGGAUGGACACAUCUGGUACUCAGUUUUUAGCCGCCCUCCACGAAGCUCCUUCACACGAGCCCAGCGCGUGUCAUGUUGCUUCUCACUGCUUCUCUGCACCAUGCUGACCAGCAUCAUGUUCUGGGGAGUACCAAAGGAUCCAGCUGAGCAGAAAAUGGAUUUGGGUAAGAUCGAGUUCACAUGGCAGGAACUGAUGAUCGGCGUUGAGAGCUCUCUCCUCAUGUUCCCCAUCAACCUGCUCAUUGUGCAGAUCUUCAGGAACAUACGACCCCGACCAGCCACACAGAGGAGAGAGAAGAAGCUGGGAAAGAAUGGUCGAGUGUCCCCAAGCCUGCCUCCCACCCCCCAGGCCCCCCAGGCUGUCUCACUGACUCCAGAGGCUGUCAUAAAGGAUAUAAGAAGAAUUGCCAACUCACUCUUUAAGGCCCUGAAGACUCCAUCUCUCACUUCAGUAUCAGAUCUUGGAAAAUCAUCUAACAUCAACACACUUUUGGCAUUGGUUGAGGACAUCAUCUGCCAGCAGAACAGAGCUGGGCAAGAGUUUUAUGAUGAGACAAGAAAGAAGGAUGACCCUAUAAUUGUCACAUUAGGGGCUAUGGAUAUGCAAGAAAAAUCAAGAAGCCCAACUCCAGAGAAGGGAGCGUGUGAGAGACUGAAACACAGUGAUUACAAUCGCUGCUUGUACCUGCAACUCCAGCAAGUAGAGAUGGAGCUGGAAUUACUGGGGCCCAAUAAAUUUCAGAUGCCUCAGAGUUACACACAAGCUGUUCAUCAGGUUCAGCACAUGAAGAACCUCCUGGAGAGCCAGAUCUGCUCAUCAGCAUCCAUCAGUGAGAGGUGGUGCCCUACUCCAAGCUUCUCCGGUGAUGGCAAGAAAAGUUCUCCCAAAGGGCUGCCCUGGUGGUUUGUGUUCAUCGCUUGGUUCCUUGUUGCAGUCACCAGUGGCGUGUCUGGGUUCUUUACCAUGCUCUACGGGCUGCAUUAUGGCAAGGAGAACUCCAUCAAGUGGCUAAUCUCCAUGGCCAUCUCCUUCUUGGAAAGUCUUUUCAUCACACAGCCCUUAAAGGUGCUGGGAUUUGCUGCCUUUUUUGCUCUGGUUCUGAAGAAGGUGGAACAUGAGGAUGAAGAAAAUACAGCUAUUGUUGGGCCUUUAUCUACACCAGGUGAUUCAAACCCUCUCUUUGGAGCCCGAAGGGACAGUAUAAGCAAUAUUUACCGGCCACCUCCCGCAGCUGAUGUGGAAAAAAUGAAAAUCAGCUGUAUGAAGGAGCAGAAAGCAUUUGCCCUCAUCAGAGAAAUCCUGGCCUAUGUGGGGUUUUUAUGGAUGCUCUUACUGGUUGCCUAUGGGCAGAGAGAUCCCAAUUCGUACUACUUCAACAAGCACAUUGAGAACAGCUUUACCAAUGGAUUCCACGAUGUCUACAGUUACCUGGAUUUUUUCACAUGGGCAAACACUACCUUAAUCAAAAAUCUUUAUGGAUCAUAUAAAGGAUUCAUUACAGAUGGCAAUUCCAAGCUGGUGGGUAGUGCUCGAAUUCGCCAAGUAAGAGUGAAAGGAGACACCUGCCCUAUUUCCCCCAAACUCCAGCGUUUAUGCCACGCUCCAUAUUCCAUACAAACAGAAGAUACAGCAGAUUACGGGGAACACUGGAAUACUUCGGUCUUUGACAACUCCUCUGACUUGAGCUCAGCAUGGCAGUAUCGGAGUCAGGCCAAACUGAGAGGGCAUCCCGUCUGGGGCAAACUGGCCAUCUACAGGGGAGGGGGAUACGUGAUUCACCUGGGAACUGAUCCUAGGAAUGCCUCCAGAAUUCUCCAGUACCUUUUCAACAACGUCUGGCUAGACACCUUCACGAGAGCAGUGUUUGUUGAAUUUACAGUCUACAAUGCCAACGUGAACCUGUUCUGCAUUAUAAGCCUGAUGUUUGAAACCAAUGCUUUAGGGGCCUUCUUCACAAGUGCAGAGCUGCAAAGUGUCCGGCUUUACCCGUACACCAACAGUCUCCACAUCUUUGUGGUUGCAGCAGAAGUCAUUUAUUUCCUCUUCAUCGUGUACUACAUGACAGUACAGGGAAAAUUGAUGAGGACUCUGAGAUGGAGAUACUUCCACAGCAAGUGGAAUCUCCUGGAGAUGGCCAUUAUAUUGAUUAGCUGGAGUGCCCUGUCAGUGUUUGUGAAGCGGACAAUCCUUGGGACUCGAGACAUCAGCUACUACCAUGAUCACAAAGAGGACUGUGUGAGCUUUAAUGAAACAGCCAGAGCAGAUGCAGUUCUUGGCUACCUGAUUGCGUUCCUAGUGCUUCUCUCCACAGUCAAACUGUGGCAUCUCCUGAGGCUCAACCCUAAACUGAACAUGAUCACCUCAACUCUAAGGAGGGCAUGGGGUGACAUCUCUGGAUUCAUCACUGUCAUUGCAAUCAUGUUCCUCGCCUAUUCCAUUGCUACAAACUUGAUAUUUGGCUGGAAGCUCUGCUCUUACAAAACUCUCUUGGAUUCAGCGGAGACCAUGGUCAGUCUUCAGCUGGGGAUCUUCAACUAUGAGGAGGUCUUGGACUACAAUCCAAUUUUAGGCUCGUUCUUAAUUGGAUCCUGCAUAAUUUUCAUGACUUUUGUGGUACUGAAUCUGUUCAUUUCGGUGAUUCUGGUUGCUUUUAGCGAGGAGCAGAAGCACUACCAGGCUUCAGAGGAAGAGGAGAUCGUUGAUCUAAUGCUGAUGAAACUUUCCAGUUUCCUGGGGAUGAAACGCACGAAGGAAGAACAGCCGGGCACGAGGAAGCAGCCUGCCCACGAUGAAGGGCUGCGCUCCCCAGCCGCGGGCUCGGGCUGUCUGGCCAAAACGCUGCGGCCUUCACCCAAUAACCCCUAG